CCAGUCCAUGAGUCAGUGAUGGAUCUGUCACGAUGCCGGAACAAAAAAGAAAAACACUGUAAGGCCUUCGGAAGAAUGAACUUUCCAAACCAAUGGAUUGUUCUGAAGAGGAAAGUGACCAAAGAUCAGGCAUAAUCUCCAACAGUGAAAUAAGUUGGCCUUUUCUCCGUUCAAGUUUUCUGCUUCAGGAGGUAAUACCGGUUGUGACUUUUCAAGGAGCUGGACCACAAAUACGCUUUCCCGUCGGAAAAGUUUAAUUGAGUCAUUUCUGGACGGCUUAGUAAGAAACUGCCUGAAACACACACCGGCCACUGUGGGUGACAUGGCCAGAAGAGGAAUUGGAAGCACAGCCAGUGGAAAAAAACGACGAAAUCAGAAACGGAUGGACAUUCUUCAUAAGCACUUCUUGAAUAGCCACUAUAUCCGUUUCAUCCCCCAAUUUCCUUGCUGAUCACUGAACCAGUCUAGUAAAAUCUGUUGUUUUUGUUGCCUUCAGAAACCUUGAAAGACAUUUUGUAAAGUCGGUUGUUUUCUCACUUUCAGGUCAUACUUUGAAAAAACAAUCAGAAACUCUGCAAGGCAGGGUGGAUACUAUGAAGAAUCCGAAUUACUGACCAUGUUACAAUACAAGCAGGUACUCUCCAGGUGGUACAAAUCCAAUACGCUCCAUGACCUGCCCUGUAUUCAGAAGAUAACUUCAGAUUGAUUUGUGAUCCCAUGGAUUAACUUUCAAGUUAUUUCACAAGGACCUUUUAAGUUUGCCCUGCUGAAGUUGUAUUUGAUUUGAAAGUACGGCUGAAAAGGUCUUCCAGUCUGCGUGUUCCUGUGAUACUACAUGUAGACGCAGGCGGGAUUUGGUUCCUUUUUUUCCUUUUUUUUUUUUUUUCUUUCUUCAUCAAAAUGGCUCCUAUUUGGACAACAGAGGCUUUGACAGUCUUGGCAGCGAUGAGUCUUCUGAGCUGCUGUAGUUUCACCUGGUGUGAAGCUUCAAGGACUAGUGACACAACCUCAGGAACCAGCAGGCAAGAACAAGGACCCUCGUCGCUCGAACGAGUGAAGAGAGGAUGGGUGUGGAACCAGUUCUUUGUGGUGGAGGAGUACACGGGCACGGAACCAUUAUACGUUGGAAAGAUCCAUACAGACUCUGACGAAGGCGAAGGCAACAUCAAGUACACGAUCUCCGGAGAAGGAGCGGGUUCCAUUUUCAUCAUUGACGAGCUUACAGGAGACAUUCAUGCCACAGAGCGGCUGGAUCGAGAGGAGAAGGCCUUUUACACACUGAGGGCUCAGGCCCGGGACCGUCUCUCCAAUGACCCUCUGGAACCAGAGUCAGAGUUUGUCAUCAAGGUCCAGGACAUCAACGACAGCGAGCCAAAGUUCUUGGAAGGCCCCUAUAUCGGCAGCGUGGCGGAGCUGUCACCCAUCGGAACGUCUGUUAUGAAGGUUACCGCUUCAGAUGCUGACGACCCGACGUACGGCAGCAGUGCCAGGGUGGUGUACAGUGUUCUGGAUGGAGAAAAGUUUUUCACUGUGGAUAGACACACAGGAAUCAUCAUGACAGCGGUGGCAGAUUUGGACCGUGAGACGCAGGAUCGUUACGAGUUGGUCGUCAAGGCAACAGACAUGGCAGGACAAAUGGGUGGUCUCUCCGGCUCCACCACAGUGACCAUAGUGAUCACAGACGUUAAUGACAACCCGCCGCGCUUCCCGCAGAAGAUGUACCAGUUUUCGGUGUCGGAGGGGGCUGCCGUGGGGACGCCGGUGGGACGCGUCAUUGCCACCGACGCAGACAUGGGAGAGAACACAGACAUGAGCUAUCUGAUCAAAGAGGGAGGGGAUCUCUUCAAGGUCACCACGGAUGUGGAGUCGCAGGAAGCCGUUGUCUCCAUCAAGAAGCCUUUGGACUUCGAGAGCAGGAGGACGCACAAUGUUGUUGUGGAGGCGGCGAACAAGCAUCUUGACCCUCGCUUUGCGGAUCUCGGCUCCUUCAAAGAUCAGACGAUCGUCCGCGUCAGCGUCUCGGACGUGGACGAGCCGCCGAUUUUUCAGCCAGCGGAAGGCGCCGUCAUGGAGGUGCAGGAGGACGCCAAAGUCGGGGCGCUGGUUGGUGUCGUCACUGCGAGAGAUCCGGAUGGGUUAAACAAGCCUGUAAGAUUCUCCAUCGAUCGGACCACAGACCAGGAGAUGAUCUUUCAUAUUGAUCCCGACUCGGGCGCCAUCACACUGGGAAAGAUUUUGGACCGGGAGACGGCAGGCUGGCACAACAUCACUGUCAAGGCUGUAGAAGCAGAUAACCACACAAUGGCUUCACACUCAGCUGUCAGCAUCCGGAUUCUGGAUGUAAAUGACAAUCCUCCUGAACUGGCUACGCCGUACGAAGCCUCCAUAUGUGAAGAUGCCAAGCCGGGCCAGUUAAUCCACACCAUCAGCGUGGUGGACAGAGACGAGCCGCAAUCUGGACACCGCUUCUUCUUCACGCUGGCUCCCGAAGCCUCCAGCAAUCGACACUUCACCUUGUGGGACGUCAAAGACAACACAGCCGGCAUCCGGACCCAGCGGUCAGGCUUUAACCGCCACGAGCAGAACGUGUACCUCCUGCCCAUUCUCGUGGUUGACAGCGGGCCUCCCUCCCUCAGCUCCACGGGGACCCUGACCAUCCGUGUGUGUGGCUGCGACACAGACGGAGAGAUCCAGUCGUGCAACGCUACAGCCUAUGCCAUGAGCGCGGCUCUCAGCCCCGGGGCGCUUAUAGCACUGCUGGUCUGCAUGCUCAUCCUCAUAGUCCUCGUGUUGCUGAUCCUCACCCUGAAACGCCACAGGAAGGGCCAGCGGAUGGCGGAGGACGAGGAGGACAUGAGGGAUAACGUCAUCAAGUACAACGACGAAGGCGGAGGGGAGCAGGACACUCAGGCGUAUGACAUGAGCGCCCUGAGGAACCUUUACGACUUCCCGGAGGCCAAGAGCUGCGACUCCGGGCCGGACAUCCGCUCGCUGCCGCAGUGGAUACAAGCCAACCGGGUGGGCGGAGGCUCGGAGGGGGCCGCUGCGGUGGCGGCGGCGGCGGCAGCGGCGACAGACUUCUCCCUUUUCAAAGGCUACAUCAGAAAGAAGGUAGAGCAGGCCGACGCCGACCUGUCGGUGCCGCCGUAUGACUCCUUCCAGACAUACGCCUUUGAAGGCACCAGCUCGCCCGCGCUCUCGCUGAGCUCCAUCCACACGCUGUCCACCACCUCGGAGCAGGAUUUCUCCUACCUCAGCGACUGGGGGCCUCGCUUCAGGCAACUGGCAGGUUAUUACGCUCCGGGAAAUCCUGAGGAGGAAGGGUCCUAGCACAGCUUCUCCUAUGCAGAGACGGUCAAAAAAAAAAAAAAAAAAAAAAAAAAAAAGAAUUUAGGAAAAAAAAAACAAAACCUCCCUGGUCCUCUUCCUCCUCACUCCUCUUUUUACCCACCGGCGCUGAUCUGAGACCAUCAGAGCCAGCACUGUGUACUCAUUAGAGACCGAGUACCACCCCUUCAUCUCUUUAGGAAAACUCCCAGUUUCAGACUUUGAACUCUUUGGAGACAACUUUGAGGAGUUUUGCGUUUUCUUUUUUUCUUCUUCUUCUUCUCUUUUUUUUUUUUUUUCUACACAUCUCUGUUUGCUUUUUGGGGGGUGUUCUCAGACUUGAAAGCUCUUGUGGUGUUUCGAGACAAAAGGAGAAAAUGAGAGCUGUCCAAAACUGCCAUUUAAACACGUGUGAAGGAAGAAUUAGUUUCUCUCUCAAACAGGGACCUUCAGACCGAUUCCAGAGUUCAGCUGAUUACCAGUAGGUGGGGUUUAACCAUGCCACGGCCGUCUGACCAACAUGUAUUUAUUUAAGGAGGAAAUAUUUAUGUAUUUAUUUGUUUUAUGUAUUUAUUUAUUUAUUUAUUGCCACGAUCGCUAUGGUAACUGCGACAGUGAACUCUGCUGAAGUGGAACGGGAAACGCGAGGGGAGGAGGACGUUAUGAAAGGACCGAGAGACGAGAAGAAAAUAAGCGUGAAAGGACAACAGCGUUAGAGGACGACACACACAAUACCGGCGCAGAGGUGACAAAUGACUCAUAUAAAAAUUACAUUUUGGAAAAUAUUUGUAUUUAUUUUCUAUGAACAGUUUUGUAAAAUAACCAAUGUAAGGGUGAUCUGUGAAAAAGCAAAGGUGAACUGAAGCGAAGGGGAAAGCCUCCAGUUUAACACCAACAGCUGAGACUGACACACUUUUGCUGUAUUUUAGUCGUUUCUGAAAAGGUUUUUUUUUUUUCUUCUCUUUUUUCUUUUUUGAAGGUCAUAAACUGAGGACAAUUGUGUGUUAACGAUUUCUUUUCUUAUCCUCUCCACAGCCAUUUUUAAGGCAAUAAGGCACAAACCGCAACCGUGAUUUAAGACUAAACAAAAGGACUGUUUCGUGGAAUUGGCUUGUGGCGAGCUUUGUCCCACGGGAAGCCAAUCUUCAUUCUCGAUUUGAGUGUGAAUGUGUACAAUAUGUUCAAGUUUAUUUUAUAUUCCAAGAUAUUUCAUUUAACUUUUCUUUUCUUUUCUUUUUUUCCCUCUGGGGAGGGAACAGAGACACACAAGAUGGUUGUGUGAUGAAUGGACUUUCCACAUCCACCUGAUACCCAUACCCUGUUCCGUGUUGACCUUAACUUGCAAAUGUAUGGAAAAGUUUUAAAAAAAAAAGAGAUAAAAA